AUGACUACAAAUAAAUGCUUAUCACCAAUAAUUACAAAAGAUAUUCUUAAAACAAUAUUUGAUAAUAUAUCUGAAAAUGAAUUAUUUAUUUGUUCACUUUGUGCAUCAAUGUGUACAAAUCAACAAAAACAUCAAUUAGUAUCAACAACAUGUGGUCAUUUAUUUGGAAAAAAUUGUAUUAGAAAACGAUUAAAAGAAACUGGACAAUGUCCAUUAUGUUUUAAACAAUUAGAAACUCGACGAGAUAAACAAUUACGUACAAUGUGUUUAUCAAGUGUUGUUACUAUAUUUCCAUUUGAAAUAUUACGAAUGAGAGAUGAACGUAAACGACUUCGUAAUCGAUUAAAUGAAAUAAAAACACGUCUUGAACGUGCAAAAAUAAAAUUAAAUAUUAAUAAACAACACUUACAAAAAAUUAAUCAGAAAAUACUUAAACAUUGUAAACGUAAUAUAAAGAAUCAUGUUUAA